GCCCCGCGCGCCAGCCAAUAGGUCGCGCGCGCGCGCGGCUCUCCGCUCUCCCGUUCCCACCUCGGGACCGGUCGCGCCAACGCUUUCCCAGUUCCCUACGCCCCGCGUCGCGUGACCACCUGCCCGUGCCCUCCAAUAAGUAGCCGCAGGCCGAAAACCCUCUCCACCCUCCGGACUCCUAAACGAAUUCCUCGUCGAGUCACUCGAGACCCUCUCCUUCCCGGCGGCCGCGCCCGAUCGAGACAGCUCACGACGGGCGCGUCUUCUUCUUCCGAGGGUGGGGGAGCGAUGGCGGAGAACCUGGUCCUGGACGGGCUCUUGGAGGUGUUCCCGCAGGUUGACCUCUCGACAUUGAUAGAAGUUUCCAUACAAUUUAAGGAUGACAUAGAUUCAGCUGCAGAUUAUGUCAUGCAGAAUGUCCUCCCAGAUAUUAUUAUCCCAGAUCCCAGUCAUCCAAACCCCAAUGAUGAUUUAUAUAUUCAUGGACAUCAGCUGGCAUUUGAUGACACAAGAACCCAGUUAGGGCUUGAUCCAGAGUUAAAUGAUACAAAUUUAAAUUCUGUACAUUUUGAUCAGAACAACAAUGAAAAGGCAGAUAACCUCAUGGCAAAACAAUUGAAGGAAUCGUCAACUGGUUUAUGUCCUGAUGUUUUUGAUGCAUCAACGUCUGGCCAGAAUUGUGUACCUGAAGAGUUCAGUUCAGAUUAUAUCCUAGCCGACUCCCAGCUACAUGCCUCUUUAGAGAGGACCCUUGAAAUUUCAGCUUCUGAAGGUGAUAUGUCACUACAUGAUGAUGGUUCACCUCAUGUGACCCUGCGAUCAAGCUACUCUGUUAACCUAAAGUCCCUUGACAAUGUUGUUGCUGAUGAACAUUACAAAAAGAAUGCUUUGAUGUCAAAUGUUGCUGCAAUAAGUGAAAUGCUACAGGAGGUAGAGCUAAAUGAAGAAGAAACAAAACAUGCUAUUUUAGAAGCAAAUCAAGCUGGCAAUGACAUCCUUGUGAAAGUAGAAGAACUAAAAGAGAUGACAACUCUUCUUAUGGAAGAUAACAACAAGGUGGCAGGGGAGAUUUUUGCUGAAAAAUCUAUUCUAGCAACAGAAGCACAGGAGCUUCAAACUCGGUUGUUCAACAUUUCGGAAGAAACAAAAAGCUUUGUGGUGACUAUUGACGAGCUGAGACAGCUACUGAACGACAGAGGCCAUGCUGUGGAUGCAUUGCAUGGGGAAAUGAUUGGAAUCUUUGACUGCAUAACGCAGCUUAAGCUAAGAGUGGAUAUGCAGCUUCCUGUUGAUGAACCACUACAACAAGCUCCAUUGAUCUUGUCUAGCUCGGCUGUUGAUAAACCACUACAGCAAGCUCCAUCGAUCUUGUCUGAUAAACAAUUACAGCAAGCUCCAUCGAUCUUGUCUAGCUCGGCUGUUGAUAAACCACUACAACAAGCUCCAUCGAUCUUGUCUAGGUCGGCUGUUAAUGAACCACAGCAACAAGUUCCGCCGAUCUUGGCUUUUGAUGAAGAUCUGGAUCAAGUUGCAUCAAUGUUGUCUAGCUCGACCUUUUUUAAUGGUAUUGGGCCACUGCAACUAGAUUCAUCAAGAUUGUCUAGCUCGGCGAGUUCAGCAUCAGACAAAAGUUUGGCCGAAUCAAUUGCACCCAAGAGCAGCGCGUACUCUGUCGGGCCACUACAACUAGUUUCAUCAAGAUUGUCUAGCUCGGCGAGUUCAGCAUCAGACAAAAGUUUGGCCGAAUCAAUUGCACCCAAGACCUGCGCGUCGUCUGCUUCAGAACUGAGUACAAAUUUGAUGGAUGAUGAGUUGAUUGCUGGUGUUUGUGGGGGCGAUUUCGCUUUGGAUGACAGCUGGGAUGUAGUCGACGAUGAAGAUACCAUCGUGACCCUAUGCUAAGAGUCAAGAGUACACCUAUGCUGCUCUAGGUUUACUAAUUAACCAGUAUUUGCUGCUCUUUUCAUGAACAAGUUAUUAGCACUUAUGCUUGAACCAUAUAUUUAUCAGGAUGCAUACAUUAUUCUAUGAAGUCGAAAUUUGUGAUGUCUAUAUCGGUCAGCAUGGCCGAUGUUCUGCCA